AUGCAAGCCGAAAAGACCUCUCACAUUGUCUAUCUUGCCGACGUUGCUCCUCGGUCAAAAUUCAUGGCGAGCUGGGAAAGGUUCCGGCACGGCAAGGGUCGCUGGCUUGUUCAAUUCCUCGCUGAGGCGAUGGCUACAUUCCUUUACACUUUUGCCGGCGCUGGUUCUACAGCCGCCUGGAUCCUAGGCAACAUUCUGGCUAUUCCCGCUCUCGGUAGCUUGCUCCAAAUUGGUGUUGCGUACGCAGUUGGAAUCGUCUUGGCGCUGACCGUCUGCCUGCCGACCUCACAAGGGCAUGCAAACCCUGCUUUCACGAUCUACGCCAUGGCUCGAGGCCACUGCACUCCGCUUCGGGGCCUCAUGCUCAUUGUCGCUCAAAUUCUGGGAGCCUACAUCGCUUGUCUCCUGAUAUACGGGCAAUACUACGACUUCAUCAAGGAAGCCAUUGCUGCACUCGAAUCGAAAGGCUUGUACGACGAGGUGAUGUUCACUUCGCAGGGCCCCGGAGGCAUCUUUGGCUUGUACACAACGCCCGGAGACAAUCUCGGCAACAUCUUCCUGAACGAGUUCGUCUGUGACUUCGUCCUUGCCGUGUGCAUUCUCGCCUCCAUCGAGCCCACCAACACCCACACGCCUCCCGCGAUGGCUCCAUGGACCAUCGGCUUCAUCUACGCGAUUGUCAUCUGGGGCUAUGCUCCCGCUGCUCUUGCUGCAAACUCUGCGCGCGACGUCGGCGGCCGUCUUGCCGCGCUCACGUUCUGGGGCCUCCCUGCGUCUGGCGGGCGAUACGCUGCGAUCGCUGCGCUCACGAACAUCCCUGCGACCUUCGCCGGCGGUCUCUUCUACGAGUUCGUCCUGAACGACUCCAGCCGACCGAUCACCCCCGCACACGCGGAGUCUGCUGCAUGCAACAAGGCCUAUGAGGAACACGCCAAGGGCAACGUCUCCUCGUCGGACUCGAUCGACUACCCCGACUCUGAGGCGCUGCCAAAGUAA